AGAACUGGGAUCGCCUCUUUGACAGCAGGCGGAAGAUUUUAUUUGGUAACAAAUGUAGAAAAUGGUUUGGUCCGUCAAUGGGCUGAGCUACCAGGUGUUUCAAAAAUUCCUUCAUAUUGGCAUGUAUUAACUUUGCCUAACAAGAGUUCUACUUGUACAAGUAAAGGUCCUUGGAUUUUAGCUGCCAGAGGCAGGGAGCUCUAUAGAAUUGAUGUUGGAGUUGCUGAAUUGAUUGAUCCAUCCCCAGCUAUAAAAUCCAUGACGCACACUUCCAUCCAUCUCAUAGCAAUUUCUUCAAACCAGCAAUUGGUUGCUCUUUAUUUGGACAAUGGAGUACUUUGGAUAGGUGACACUGCAUUCCAAAAGUGUCAUUGCGAAAUCUUUUUGCCUGAUCGGAUAGAUGCCUUUAAUUCAGGCUCAAAAGAUUCGGUCGAUUCUACUUUCCAAAAUCCCAUCAAGAUCCUCUGGUCAACAGUUUGUGCUGUGGUGCUUCAAUGGACUAAUUUUGUUGUUCUCGUUGGACCACAUGAGGAUAUUUACGAGUUUUUUUAUCCAGAAGAUGUCUACUUGGAGCAAGAAGAUCUGUCAGGGCGACCUGGCUGGAUGCACUUUGUUAGACUAAUUCUAUGCAUCGAAGAGAAACUGGAUCCAAAAUAG